UUCUCAAUCCUUCCUCCCGAAAACCCUCAUAGGCCACCGACUCUCUACCCCUUGAAAACCCGAUGAAAUCUUGAUGAAAUUUCUCUUCUUUUCUUGUUAAAUCACAAGAUUUGGGGGCUUAGAAUCUUCCCUCUUAACCCAGAAAAUCCCGAAUCUGCUCUGCUCUUCUCCCCUGUCCGUCUGCUGCCAUGUGGGUGUGAGGUUUUUGGGCUUUUUCUGUUUCUGGUAGAGCCGUGAGCUUCUUCCCCCAAAAUCCCGUCAGCUCCCAUGCUCGCCUGGUGUGGGUUCUGUUGGUUGGAAAAAAAAAAGAGAGGAAUUCUGGUAUGUGCUAGCUUCUCCAAGGCUGAAUUUUACCCAAUUAGUAGUUGGGAUUUAUACAUGUAGCUGUUGCCUUCUUGUCCGAAUUUUCUGUCAAAACAGGGGAAGAAUUGGCAGUAAAUUAAAUGUGUUUUAGGCUUGAUUAUGUAGAAUUUAGCUUGAACUAGCUGCUGUGAUGUUUUAUGUGAGAAAUCCCGUGUGUGUGUGAGUUGUGAUUUGCCAAGUUAUGCUCUUCCUGUGAUGCCGUGAGAAAUGGGGAAUUUUUGUAGCUUAAGCUAUGAUUUUAAACUUAGUUUAAGUGUAAAUUAGUUUGAAUUGGGUUGUUGUGAUUUUGGAGAAAAAUCCCGUGAUUUGCUCUUGUUUUGCUAAAUAGGAUUAAAUAGAAUAAAAGUAAUAAAUAUUGCAUUUUGGGAAUUGGUCGGGAACAAUAGAAAAAGGAUUAAGUAUGUAGUUUUAUAUGAGUAUUAAUUUUUGGAUGUUUUGAAUUAGGUUCUUGAUCGUUCUGUCAAUUUAGCUCUGAGAUCGAGCCUUUGGUUUUAAGCGAGUGAGGAAGCGAAACUGAGGACGGGGAAAUCGAGGGGAGUGACGAGUUAGAAGGCUAGUCAUUUUGUAAAGUGAAUAUAGAUUCGAGAUGUAGAUCAUGAUCUUGUAAAUUAAAGUUUAAUCGGAGAUUUUAUAAAUUCAUUUAGUGGAUUGUUAGUUUAUAAGAGAUUUGAUUUGGAGAUUUUGAGAUUAAGUUAUGUUGGACAUAGAAUUAUUUGAGACGAUUGAUUUGAGUUAUUGGAUUGUCAGAGGUGAUUUGAAUAAGUUCCGAGCCUUCUG